AUGCUUUCUCUCUUCCUCCUCGCUUCUCAGCUCCUCGUACCUGCCGUGUACGCGGAGCUAUCCCUCCGCGGAGCGGAUAUCUCCUCCCUACUCGUCGAAGAGGAUGCUGGCAUUUCAUACAAGACUUCCGCGGGGAAGACAGAGAAGCUGGAAGUCAUCAUGGCCGGUCUAGGAUUGAACUCCGUCCGCCAGCGUAUCUGGGUGGACCCAAGCGACGGGACCUACGACCUCGACUACAACAUCGAACUUGCAACGAGAGUUCAGGCACAGGGUAUGGGAACGUACCUGGAUCUGCAUCUGAGCGAUACAUGGGCGGAUCCAAGUAAGCAAACAGUCCCUACUGGAUGGUCGACAACCUCCAUCAGCACCUUGAAGUGGCAACUAUACAACUACACUAAGGAAGUAUGCAAUACUUUUGCGGAAAACGACCUUACAGUCGAUAUUAUCUCGAUCGGCAACGAAAUCACAGCAGGUCUGCUCUGGCCCCUUGGAGAGACGCCUAACUACGCCAACAUCGCUGCCCUCCUUCACUCCGGUGCAUGGGGAGUCAAAGACUCAAACCUGGCAACUACACCGAAGAUCAUGAUCCAUCUCGAUGACGGCUGGAGCUGGUCUACGCAAGAGUACUUCUAUAACGAAGUCCUUGCAUCAACCACAGACCUUGUCUCCUCCGAUUUCGAUUACAUGGGAAUCUCAUACUACCCGUUCUACAGCUCAUCGGCUACGCUCUCGGCACUGAAAACCAGUAUGACGAAUAUGUACUCAACCUACGGCAAGGAUAUCGUGAUUGUUGAAACGAACUGGCCGGUUUCUUGUCCUGAUCCGGAGUAUACGUUCCCCAGUGAUUUGUCCAGUAUUCCUUUCUCGGUUGCGGGGCAGGAGACUUUCUUAACUAAGUUGGCAGCUGUCGUUGAGGAUGUGACCGGUGGAUUGGGGAUUUAUUACUGGGAGCCUGCUUGGAUUGGGAAUGCGGCCCUGGGAAGUAGUUGUGCGGAUAAUUUGUUGGUUGAUACUUCGACCGAUGAGGCUUAUGCUAGUUUUGCUACGUUGGGUGAACUUUAG